GUGAAGACAGCAGGAAAAUACAGUAGAGAUGAGUGGCGAGUCGAGACAGGAGGUGGUGACGACCCCUCCACCCCCCACCAUGGGGAAAAGAGAGGGCUACUUUGACCGCAUCAACGAAAACGACCCUGAAUACCUGCGCGCGCGUAACAUGUCGCCUGACCUGCGACAAGACUUCAACAUGAUGGAGCAGAAGAAAAGGGUCACGCAGAUACUACAGAGUCCGGCAUUUAGGGAUGAGCUAGAAGGACUGAUCCAGGAACAGAUGAACAAGGGGAACAACCCCGCUGGACUGCUCGCUCUGCGGCAGAUUGCCGACUUCUUCAUGGCCAGCUCCGUAGCCGGUUUCUCCACCUCCCCCCUCAGUUUGGGCAUGGUGACCCCAAUAAACGACAUGUUCAGUGCAGAGUCCACUACUAUGGUGAAGGGAGAGAAACAGAUCCGCUGCAAACUGGCCAGUCUCUACAGAAUAGUGGACUUGUUCAGUUGGGCCCACUUCACAAGCUGUUACGUUACAGUUCGUGUCAGCAAGGAACAGGAUCAUAUCCUCAUCAUCCCCAGAGGACUGUCCUUCGCUGAGGCCUCUGCGUCCAAUCUGGUGAAGGUGAAUAUUCUCGGUGACGUGAUCGAUCAGGGCUCCACCAACCUGCAGGUCGACCCGGACGGCUUCAGUCCUCACGCUGCCAUCUACUCCGUGAGACCCGAUGUGCGCUGCGUCAUUCACAUACGCACACCGGCUGCUGCUGCUGUGUCGUCUAUGAAGUGUGGGCUUCUGCCCAUCUCUCAGGAGGCUCUGAUCCUGGGUGACAUUGCUUAUUAUAACUACCAAGGUAGUUUGGAUGAGCAGGAGGAGCGCAUAGAGCUGCAGAAAGCCCUUGGACCAUCAGCGAAGGUGUUGGUUUUAAGGAAUCAUGGGAUUGUGGCUCUCGGGGAGACCAUUGAAGAGGCCUUUCACUACAUUUACAGUGCUCAGUUUGCCUGUGAAAUUCAGGUGAAUGCGUUCUCAUGUGCUGGAGGAGUGGAGAACCUGAUCGUCCUGGAUCUGGAGAAGUACAAACCUCGCACGCAUGGGGUGGCACAGGCAGGGGUCAACAUGGGCUCUCAGCACAAGUGGAGGCUGGGAGAGCUGGAGUUCGAGUCGCUUAUGAGAAUGCUGGACAACCUGGGUUACAGAACAGGCUACACGUACCGGCACCCCAUUGUACGGGAGAAGCCGCGACACAAGAGCGAAGUGGAGAUUCCUGCGACAGUGACGGCGUUCAUGUUCGACGACGACGACACUCCACGUUUCCCUCUGAAGUUACUGCAGCAGCGACAGCAGCGAGAGAAAACACGCUGGCUCAAUUCACCCAACAGCUACAUGAAAGUGAACGUGUCAGAUGGGGCGAGCGAGGAGAACGGACGCACCAAGACCAUGUGGAUGAAGUCAUAUGACGGUGGAAACGCCAGCGGGACUCCGAUCCGCAUUGAAGAUCCCAACCAGUUUGUUCCUCUGAACACAAACCCCAGCGAAGUCCUGGAGAGGAGAAAUAAGAUUCGCGAACAGAACCGUUUUGACAUGACGACAGCAGGGCCGCAAUCACACCGGCUGGCAGGGAUUGUGGUGGAGAGACCGCCGGCACAGUCGCCAGUCCAGCCGUACAUGGGCGAUGACGAGGAACAGACGGGACCGCUUCCUCCAAACCCCUUCAGCGAGCUGAGCGAGAAAGACCUGGACGACUACCAGAAACGAGUAGAACGUCAGCAGCCCGGAUUAGACGAUGACGAGCAGCUCACGUCAGACGACGCUUCCACACUCUCUCAGUCACUGUCCCAAACUCAGUCUCCACAAAACACUCCAGCUAAAGAAGAGAACCACACGGGCGUGAUGCUGAACGGCAAAGACGACCACGGCGACGAAGACGAGCUCAUCAAGCGCGUGAGCCAGCUGACCACCAGCGUGGAGAGCGUUGAGAUCAACGUGCGCUCGGGAGAGAAAAUCGAAGAGGCCCUGACGCCCGAAAGCUCGCCCUCCAAAUCGCCCAACAAGAAGAAAAAGAAGUUCAGAACCCCGUCCUUCCUGAAGAAGAACAAAAAGAAAGAGAAAGUGGAAGCCUAGAGGACAGAGAACAACCAAUGCCUGCUUUGUCUGUCUUCGUUUGUCAUUUAAAGUUUGUUUAUAAAAAAAAAAAACACGGCACGUUGUUUUGGGAGUCUGUAAGUGAAUAAAUGGAGCAACAUCCUCUUUUAAAAAACGUGCUGUGGUUAGAAGAUAAAGAGAAGCGAGGGGAAACUCCUGGGAAACUGGCUUCUCGCAAAUGAUAGACUGAAGAUGUUUGUGUACACAUGAUUUUAUCUUGUUGAUGAGCCCAUACUGCAUUGUUUUUUUCAUUUUGUAUGUUUAUUAGAUUCUCAUACAGACCUUUUAUGAGCCCCUUUUCUAUCCGCCACGUCAUCUCUCAUGCCUGCCGUCGUUUCUACACAGGAGAUGCUUAAAAAAAAAAAAAAAAAUCACACUGGAAACCGUUUGCUAACAGGGUUUGUUUUAUUUCGUCUCUUUCGUUGCUUGCAAUUUGGUCCGAUCCUGUGUAGAAUCACUCCAGUCCAUACGAUAUAACAGUUUAAAAAACAAAACAAUCACGUUUUAGUGAACAUCAACUUUUCAUCUCUAAAAUAUUUUAGCUUUUUUUUAAUUCAAACAAUUUAGUUUUUAUCCAUUCAGUUUUGUACUCAUUUCUAUAUGAAAAAUGAAAUCUCGAAGCAUGCUAGUCUGAAUUUAUAAGGCUGACGGCUGAUAAUCGUGUAGUAGCUCUGAUUACUAAACACAUGUAAUGGAAAUAUAUGAAAACUGGAGUGAUGAUGAUGAUAUAUAUAUAUAAAAAAGUAAUAUUUUUGUGCUGCACUUUUUAACGUGGUAUACAUAACAGAAAAGAAGUCUAUGGAUGAGCUUGGCAGCGAUAUGAAAUCUUGAAAAAAGGGUGGAGAAGGGAAACUUGUUAACGUAUACAGAAAAAAAUAUAUAUUUGUAAACUGUAUUUAAAAUAAAAAAAAAAUCACCAAAUCACAUCCGACAUUUAAGCUUCAUUCUGGGCCUUUACAGUGACGGAAUCAUUCAUUAUAUCACCUUAUGACAGUCAUAAGUCAUCCCAUAACCAUCCAAACUUCAACUGAGAAACGCCAUUGUACCGUGUUUUUGUCAUCUUAAACUGGAUUGAUUUACUCAUCUUCCCUUUUUUGUUUUGCGCCCUGUCCCACGAGACGCCGCUGUGUGGACAGAACGUUUACCAAAGCUAAUCUUUCAUGCUUCAGAUUAGCAGUUUGACCUCAGUUUGAACUCCGUAAGGCCCGAAUGUGGUCGUCGUACGUCCCGUAGGGGGAAGGAACCACUGAGAGAAAGAGAGAGAUACGUAUAUCCCAGUGGGCAAUGUGAAGUACUGGGCGCGGAGAGCGAGACAGACACUUCUAAGCUGUGUAAAUAGCAUGUGCUUUUGAACGCGGGCCAGGCGUGGAUUAAAACACGUUUAAAUUUAGUGAGAACUGGGGUGGGCAAAAACAUCGACUUUACGUUUUCCUUUUAUUUCGCUUCGGUUUCCGUCACGCGUUGCGGUUUUUGCUUUCGGGGAGUGUAGGAAGCGUUAACUGGAAUGUGCAUCAAGUUCUCGGUUUUUGUUGCCCAUUUUUGCACCUUGUUUUACUAAUGCCCUCUCUGUUUUAGUCUCUGGUUCGGAAGGCCUGUUCGCUUUUGGCAUGCGAGUUUGAGCCGAGCCUCUUUGUGACCUGUGAAAUCGUAUAUAAAUGGUUAUCUAACGGACUUGCUUUUAGAUGUACUGCUAAUCAGUGUAAAUUCACAAAUAAACUAUUUUAAGAAGCAAACGUUGCACUCGAAGUCAUGCAUUUCACUCCCAUGGUUGUCAUUUGUGCAUUUAUUUACAUCUUUCAUUGCAUUUCUCGGUUCUUCAUGCACAGUCAUUUCACGGUUAUGAAAUGUGAAUGUCUGAAGGAGGACGUCUGACUUCAAAGGUUAGUUUAGUUAAGUUUACUUGACCCUCAUGUUAGUCAGAACUGAAAUUUUCUUCAGUGAAAUUUUCAAUAUUCAAGCUGUUCCUUUUCCAUACAAUAAGAGAUAAAACUGGCCACCAGAUAGAGUGAAAGUAUCAAUAAAGUGGUCCAAUAGGACCAGUAGGGCUCACAUUAUCAGAUUUUCACUCCACUAUUAUCAUGUCCAAAAUAAUUUUGUCCAAAAAUGCCAUAAUUCAAAAUAACUUUAUUUGGUGUUUUUUUUUCUAUUUUUAGUCUAAAAUGUACUCAAGAUACAAGAUCAUAAUGGACCAUUUAGACUUUCACAAUUAGAAUGUGUUUUUGUGUAAAACCCAGAGUUGCCAGAUUUUCACAAAAAAUCCCACCCAAAUGCUACUAAAAAAAAAAACACACAAAACUAGCCUAAUAGGGUUUCAUGAGGUAAAAUAUGCAUUUUUGGCAGGGUUCUCCUGAUAAAAUUAGCAUUCCAGGGCUAAAUAUGUUAUUGGGAUGGCUUCAGCCUGUGGACUUGGCAACCCUGGUAAAAGCAUUAAUGUUAUCGCAUUGGACUAAAACUUAAUGACUUUGCUCACACAACAACUUUAAGGGAUAGUUUCCCAAAAAUAAAAUUUCUGUCAUUAAUUACUCAUCCUCAUGUCGUUCCAACCCUGUAAGACCUUUGUUUAUCCUCAGAACACAAAUUAAGAUAUUUUUGAUGACAUCCGAGAGCUGCAUAGACAGCAAUGUAACUGAAAUGUUCCCAGGCUUAGAAAGGUAGUAAGGACAUUGUUAAAAUAGUCCAUGUGACAUCUGUGGUUCAACCAUAAUUUUAUGAAACUAUGAGAAUACAUUUUGUGUGCAAAGAAAACAAAAGUAACUUUAUUCAACAAUUCUUCUCUGCUGUGUCACUGUCUGCCGCCAUUAUCGAGAGUACCACAAUGCAUAUUGAUGAAAAAAUAUAUAUUUUUGUAUAUUUUAAAAAUACCUUGUUUCUCUUGUGAUAUUCCUGCUCAAAAAUGACCAGCCUACCAAAAAAUGCUUGUAAAUGUCAUUAUGCUGUAUUAUUACCAAAUAUUAGAUUCAGUCUUUAUGCCAACUUUAUUUUCUUUCAAUUAGCACAGGUUUUGUACUUGUUUUUGGAACUGAUUGAUCAUAGGUUGAGGUUGAUCAUUGCCAAAAUUAUCUACAAAUAAUGCUGCUUUUUUACUUACAAACAUGAGGUGCACAAGCUCAGAUCAACAAGGUCUACAAUCAACCAGUUCCCUAAAGAAAUAUAGCUGCAAGCAGCGAUUACCGGGGUCCAAGUGCUUAAGGCCUUUAAGCACGUGUGUAAAAAGGAGUUAGGUUUCAUAUGUCAAGCAUGUAACCACUUACAGGUGGACCAGACCAUUUACAGCUAAUACAGGCAAUUUACUAAGGAAAUACAUGUUGUUUUUUAUAACUUUUAACAGUUAUAGCACCACCUAUGAUCUGAUCACAUCUUACAUGUGCUCACUAAUUUCCAUGAAGUUCUGAGUUUUUGUUUUGGAGAUAUAAGCUUUUAAAUGCACUUGACCAGACCCCUUUCCUAUUUGACCCGUUAUAGCUAUCCAAAGAGUGAAAUUCAACUUUUAUUUAUUUUUUGGGAUAAUUAUUGACCUAGAACAGGGGUCCCCAACCCUACUCCUAGAGAGCUAUCAUGCUUUAGAUUUGAUUGGCUGCAGUGGUUCUUGAGGCAAAGUUGUUCAGCAUGAGGAGAUCUAUCAAAUGAUAUGCAUAUUGUGUGGAUGUGUGAAACAAUGUGAUUACAGAAGCAUAAAACACGUUAGUACCAUAUAGUGGUCAAUUCCUUUAAAAAUUCUUACAGACCUCUAGGGCCAUGAGUCAAACAUGCCCACAGAGUUUCGUCUCAAUCAGCCUCCGUUAACCUCAUCUAAAGGCCCGUUCACACCAAGAACAAUAACUAUAUUAGUGUCCACAUCAACUAACGUUAUCGUCUGUUUAUUCUAAGCUCAUGACAGCAGGAUUGAUUCUGAUUGGCUGUCAAUGUCAAUCGUUCAUGAUCUGGAAAAAACAAUUCUGAAAGUGAUUCCAACUAUAUUGUGUCUCUGUGCUUUUAUCAUUAUAGCUGUAAUGUGGACUCUGCUAUUCUGUAAUACUGAGAACAGUUUUUAGAACUAUAUGUUUUUCGUUGUGUUUAUAGUUAUCCUUGGUGCGAGCAAGCCUUAAUUGGCCGAUGCGGCCAUGUUUUUUGAGAUACAUGCAUGUCCUCAAAGACACUUGUGGCAAUUCGGACAAAGACACGGCAUACCAAUUUUCAAGUCAAUUGGACUAAUGGCUGCGUAGUUAUAGCGGGUUUUUUCCUCCUGUUAUAGCGCCACCAAGUGGUCAAGCUCCACAUUUUUUAUGUGACCUCAGAUUGAGCUCUUACAUACGUUUUCCGAGUUUGCCGAAAAUAUCUCUUUCCAUUCAUGAGUUAUAGGUGUUUUAGUAAAAGCGUCUCUGAACCCUUACAAACGUUUUGGCAUUCCGUCGUGACAGGAAAGACGAAAGUUUAACUUUUUUAUCGAUAAUUAUGAUUAUUCACUCUCCAGGUUUAGGAGUUGUGAGCGAUCUCAUGCUUUUGAUCACUGUAGCGCCCCCAUCAGUCUGAUUGGUGACGUUGUAGAUGCCUUGAGUACUACCAUCCCUCCAAGUUUCAAGUCUCUAUGACUUACAAUCACUUUUAGGUGGACAAUGUUGAUCCCUGCCCAUUCUAACAAUUACAAUAGGGUUUCAGCGCUGUGCACUUGAACCCCUAAAUACAAAACCUAUGCUGGAUUGAAUCCAAUAUUUGGUGGUAAUAUAGCAUAACGAGAUUUACAAGCAGUUUUUAAAAGGUUGGUGGUCAUUUUUGACCGGGAACACCAAAAAAGCCAUGUCUAGAGACGCAAUUUUUAAUUUGAUGUAGAUGAGUUUAUUUCUUCAUCAGAACAGAUUUGGAGAAAUGUAGCAUUACAUCACUGCCAUUAGAAUGAGAGUCCAAACAGCUGAUAAAAACAUUAAAGUAAUCCACACCACUCCAGUCCAUAAGUUAAUAUCUCAUGAAUCCAAAAGCUGCAUACGAUGUUUUCAACUUCUAACCAUUGCUUAUGACCAAAUAUGAGUCUACAAUCCAUUGGUGAGCAAGUGUGAUACAAUGCUAAAUAUCUCCAAAUCCUACAUCUUGGAUGAGGAAAUAUUCAGCAAAUUGUCAUUUUAGUGUGAGCUACUCCCAUUAAGGAUGUGGUUUCACAAAACUGUGUAAACAAACAGACAACGCACUAAAUUACCACUUUUUCUCACUUUCAGUUCUGGGAUCUCUGACACAGCAAAACAUGUUCCUAAAAAUCUUGUGUAUGUGGUUCACAACCACAUUCUCAUGAAAUAAUCAGCACUCACGUUCCCAUUGCAUUUACAGUACGUGUGAAGCACUUUUAACUCAAAACUCCUCUUAUCGCCAAUAUGCACCAGUAACUACCAAAGACAAAUCCUGCUGCAGGAUAGUGAAUUCCCUAUUUACAGCAAAAACAAUGCUUUUACUAUAAGAGUAUGUUGAAUUUUUAACGUCCAUAUAUUAACAAGUAAUGCUCAGCGUUUAGAAAAUCCAGUCUAUUCUUCACUUUGACCUCUCAGAGAUUGAA